GGCAGCACAACAGCUAUCAGCAGUCAGUGAGACUAGUCACAGAUCACUGCUAGUGCAGACUGGACAGACGGCUCAUCUUCUGUACUUCUCCACUGCACCACAGGAGGAAAGGAAAGCACAUCAACACACUAACCAAAGAAAGAAAAAAGAAAGAAUGGUAUCUUUAUUUUUUGCUGGAUCUAAACUCAUUAUUUAAAGCUUCCUGCGUUUUAGGAUUGUGGGACAUGUUCUAAGUUUUCUUUUUCUUAUUUUCCAAUUCUUUUCUAUUAAAAUAGGAGAACACUGACAGAACAGGAAUAAUCAUUUUAAAGUGACCACACAUUAAGGGGAAUGGUCUUUAAGGUUUGCACAAUCCAUAUGUUCACGAUUUUUUUUUAUAUAUAUAUAUAUAUCUGAGGAGAGAAGAUCUUGAGUUUGCAUUUGUUUAUAUAUAUUAAAUAUAUGUAUAUAUAGAAAAUAUUUUCUGUCAGUUUAAAAGAUACAUAGGAAAAAAAGUUUUUGCCUAAGGCAAGCUCUGGAUUUUUCAUUUCACUAUACCAGCAAGAAUGGAUCUUGUGGCAAUUUACCUUUUAAUGCUGGCUUUCAUAGACGGCCUCCAGGUGGUGCUGUGCUCCGGUCGGGACUGUCUGCGUGCGGGGGAGUGGUGCUCCAGCGACCCUGCCUGCAGCCCUCGGCUCCGGACCCUGCGGCAGUGUGUGGCUGGGAACGGAAGCAUGAAGCUGGGCCCUGGGGCCCGCAACCAGUGUGAGAACGCAGUGACAGCCCUGCACUCCAGCCCCCUGCACGGCUGCAAGUGUAAGAGAGGCAUGAAGAGAGAGAAGAGCUGCCUCAGCAUCUACUGGAGCCUUCACCAGUCCUUCCUACACGGAAUGAACCUGGUGGAAAACUCUCCCUAUGAACUGGUUGACAAGGGUUUUGACUAUGUAAGGCUUGCUUCAAUAGCUUCAGGCUCGGAGGUAGGCAUGACGAUGGUGAACCGCUGCCUGAACGCGGCCAAGGCCUGCAACGUGGACGAGACGUGUCAGAAGCUGCGUACAGAGUACGUGUCGGCCUGCAUAAAGCUCACGGUCAAGCCCGGGUCCUGCAACCGGGCCAAGUGCAACAAGGCGCUGCGCAAGUUCUUUGACCGUGUCCCGCCAGAGUACACUCACGAGCUGCUCUUCUGCCCCUGCACCGACACGGCCUGCGCAGAGCGCCGGAGACAGACCAUCGUCCCUGCCUGCUCCUUCGACAGCAAGGAGAAGCCCAACUGCCUGACCAUCCUGCAGUCCUGCAAGACCGACUAUGUGUGCAGGUCCAGGUGGGCUCAGUACCAGUAUAACUGCCAGCCUUCUCCCCAGUCAGCCAGUGGAUGCAAGCUGGAGAACUAUGGAGCGUGCCUACUGUCUUACACUGGCAUGAUAGGCAGCUUGAUAACUCCAAACUACAUUGACAAUUCCACCUCUAACGUGGCACCCAUGUGUUCCUGCACCUCCAGCGGCAACCAGCAGGGACAGUGUUCCAGCUUCCUCAGCUCCUUCACAGACAACGACUGUCUCAAAAAUGCGAUUCUAGCUUUCGGUAAUGGAACAGACCUGAAUGCAGCACCCAACCAAUCCGGACAUUUCACCCCUACCAGCAACCCCCAGGAGGCUGCCUCCAUCCUGCCGGUUACCAAGGAAACUGAGGACCACCUCUUCAGACAGCUGCUGCCCACCCAGGAUGCCCAGGAGGGGGAGCUGUGGAGCAAGUCAACUCAGGCAUCCCCAGACAUUUCCAGUGGCGCGCCGUCCAUUCUGAAACUGGGACUCUGGAGCCCCCUGCUGCUCAUGCUCUCCUACUACUGCCUCCACUAGGGGGCGACACAGCUGCUGGACCAUGGGACCUUUGUAACUCACCCACCGAGUGCUUUCUUAUGUUAUCUUUUGCGUCCUGGAGAGGAAAGAGGACUAUUUAUAUUUGACACCCAGACCACCACAAUAGGCGAUGGAAGAAACCAACAGACUCUUCCCUGCUGCUGCGUUGUGUACCUUUGUUAAUAGAACUGCUUUAGCAUCUUUUUGCAUAGCCUUUCGGACAAACUUUUUACUGAAACAUUCCUUUAAUGAAGCACAUCCCCCUUUUUUUAUAUACACUUUGAUGAGCUGCUCACAAUACCAAAUUGCUUUUCUUAUUUUAUUUCCCUCUCACCAAACCAACUGGUGUUAUUUUACUGACACAACAAGUAACAUGUUCUUAAACUCUGAGGUCAUCCUUUUAAGACAAAAGACACAGUGCGUAACACUAUGAAGUUGUUUGAACUGGUGCAAAGUUAGCUUUGUGUGAGAAGUGCAGAGCAAGAAGAAAACAGACUUGAAACUGGGUCACUGCUGAAAUGGAACUGGCAAAAGAAGAGCUAUUUGUGUCCAUCUGCUUAACAAUAAAACUUUUCAGUAGACUAAUCUGUUCGGCCAAUGUUGUCGUCAAUCCAUCUGAAUUUGGGAAAUGGAACAGUGCUGAGCAAUCUGCUUUGAACGGUAACCACAGACAAACAGCGGUUCACAUGUGACGACACAACUACCUGAUAUUUUGGGCUUUUCAUGUUUUGGUUGCCUCCACUGUUAGUAUUGCAGAUAUCAGCCUGAGUUGCUUGUGACCCCUCAUUUUACCCAGUGUUCAUCCCCCAAGGUGGGAGGAGUGCAUGGCUCUGUUGCAAAGUUCAGCUCUCUACAUAUCAGGAUAUUCGAUAGAUAGAUAGACCUUGUUUAUUUCAGAGUCAUUUCUUCAACCCAACUUGACCCUGCCAAUGUGUGCAAAAGUAAGUCAUGCACAGGCUUUGAAUUGCGCUUCAUGAUACCUCUCUCAAGAACAGACUAUUGGGACUUGCAAAAUGUCUCGUUCUUGUGUAUCCAUGAACAUAGGCCAUCUCUCUCUACAUAGGUACCAUGUCAUAUAUAAAGUACAAGCAACGGCUGAAUUAAUAAUGAUGUUAAAGUAGACAUGAAUUCCAAAUUGUAUUUUUUGUAGCAUAUCGACAUACAGCAGCUACAUAGUAUAAGAUUAAAGUCAUUAUUACAGCUAUGCUUCUUAAAACACUCCCCAGUGAGGUGGGGAAGCAUAUUACCGUUGCAUGCUUCCCAACUCACUUCAGCCUUGAGCAGUCUUUUCAGAAGCGGUUUUUUUUUUAGUUCGUAAGCAUGGCAGAUGAUUUCAGCAGAAGCACCAAUAGAGCAUCACACAGAACAAAGAGAAUAGGAUGAUUCAACAGGUACAAAAAUAAAUAGUAGGACAUUGAGAUGAUAUAAAGUAGUGUUAGAGAAUAGGAUGAUUCAACAGGUACAAAAAUAAAUAGUAGGACAUUGAGAUGAUAUAAAUUAGUGUUAGUUUGGAGUUUAAAGAAAUGACCCUGCAAAUACAGUAGAGGCCUCUAUCUACAGCAGAUCCUGGGAUGUGAAAUAUGCACAGACAGCAGAACUGUACUGACCUUGUCAUAGACCAAGGGAAGGUCACAGAUCCUGAGAUGUGAAAUAGGCACAGCCCAACAGAACUGUACUGACCUUGUCAUAGACCAAGGGAAGGUCACAGAUCCUGAGAUGUGAAAUAGGCACAGCCCAACAGAACUGUACUGACCUUGUCAUAGACCCAGGGAAGGUCACAGAUCCUGAGAUGUGAAAUAGGCACAGCCCAACAGAACUGUACUGACCUUGUCAUAGACCAAGGGAAGGUCACAGAUCCUGAGAUGUGAAAUAGGCACAGCCCAACAGAACUGUACUGACCUUGUCAUAGACCCAGGGAAGGUCACAGAUCCUGAGAUGAGAAAUAGGCACAGCCCAACAGAACUGUACUGACCUUGUCAUAGACCAAGGGAAGGUCACAGAUCCUGAGAUGAGAAAUAGGCACAGCCCAACAGAACUGUCUGACCUUGUCAUACAUCCAAGGACACAUGUAUAACUUCAGCCAUAAAAAAACAGGAAACAUUGACAUAUGCCGUAUGUGUGACUUAUUUGAUAUUUGAGCAUCUCGGUUGACGAGGAGCGAUCCUUUUGUACAAAGCAGAUCAUGUGAAGGGUGUAUUACUAGCCAUGAUUGAACCAGUGUAUUGUGACUCCAUGUGUUAAAGAGAAGCCGUUUUGAAAUGACCUAGUUAGACUUGGUGGAGACAGACCUCUUCCUUCAGGGUGAAUCACUUGACAUCAAUCAGAGGGACACAAUUGCUUGUGGAUUUCUAAAUAUCCAGAUUCAUGUUAUUAUUGACAAUAAAAGCAAACAGAUAAGACAGUUGGUGGAUUCACUCUUUAUUCAAUGAUGUGGGGAUAUGGAUGAAACCAAGCUAUUCUGCAUAGUUCAGUUUUAACACUAAAACCGCCACGUGGGUCACUUUGACCCAUACAUUUUUAAACUGCUCCGUCAUGAAAAUGAGACAUACUAUCUGAUACAACUGGAAAGUUUUAUUCAUGAACAUCAUAUCUAACAUUUGCAUCGCAGAAACAACAUAUUUAUGGGACAGCAGUGUGGAGUAGUGGUUAGGGCUCUGGACUCUUGACUGGAGGGUCGUGGGUUCAAUCCCAGGUGGGGGGACACUGCUGCU